GGAUCCCGUUCAAGAUCGGGCAGCCCAAGAAACAGAUUGUACCCAAGACAACGCUCCUUGCCUUCGUCCUGCACGCCUCACCCCGAGCACCGGCCCGCGUUCCUCCUCCAAAGUGAGUGCUUGGCUGCUGGCCCCAAGCUGCCAGUGCAGAACUGGGCAGCAGGGAUGGAGCGGCCCCGUCACGUCCCUCCAUGGCAUUCCUGCAUCUCCCAGCCUUUGGCAACAGCAGCCCCUGCUGCCCCCAGGACUUGGAGAUUUGCCUCCUGUUCUUCUCAGUGCCGGCUGCCAGAACUGCCUGCCCUGGGAGCCGCCUCCAUCCCACCCAGCCCCACAUUUGGGUGGAGAGAGACUUUGAGAGGGAAUAUGGGAAGCUGCAGCAGCUGGAAGAGCAGACCAAAAAGCUUCAGAAGGACAUGAAGAAAAGCACAGACGCAGAUUUGGCCAUGUCCAAAGCAGCAGUGAAGAUCUCCUCCGACCUGCUGUCCAACCCGCUGUGUGAGCAGGACGCCGCCUUCCUGGAGGUGGUCACCGCCUUCGACACGGCCAUGAGGAGGAUGGAUUCCUUCAACCAGGAGAAGGUGAACCAGAUCCAGAAGACGGUGAUGGAGCCCUUGAAGAAGUUCAGCAGCGUCUUCCCCAGCCUCAACAUGGCGGUGAAGCGGCGCGAGCAGAGCCUGCAGGAAUACCGGCGGCUGCAGACCAGGGUGGAGAAGUACGAGGAGAAGGAGAGGAGCGGGCCGGCCGUGGCAAAGCUGCACCAG